UGCGUCCUGCCCCAAGCGCUUGUUGAGAACGAUGGAGGCAGGGGCGAAGGGUUUGCUCUUCAUCCUAUUGGGAAGUCACUUUCCGGUCGCGGUCAUCAGCUUCUGCUUACCAGCAACUGCCGCUCCGGCACAUCAACUUCAUAAUGCGGCAUCACCAUCAUCAUCUCGUUCCUCGCUGCUGCUAGGAGCAACUGCCACCGCCGACAACACCCCGACGGCAACACCAAGUACGGAGAACGACCAUGGUGGCGACAAUCGUAGCAGCAGCGAACGGUUCGAGAACUUUGCUGAGUUUCUAGUGAAGACGCAGUCUGAUAUAUGCUCGCAGGCCGAAACCUCGGAUGGAAAAGCGACCUUCUGCAUCGACCGAUGGGAGAGAGAAGGAGCUUCGAAGGGCUUCGGCAUCACCCGUGUGCUGGAGGGCGGGGAGCUGUUGGAGAAGGCCGCCUGCAGUGUGUCGGUCAUCCAUGGGGUGCUUACACCGGAGAGGGCGCAGGCCAUGAGCUCGCGCGGGCGGUCCAACAUCGACCCAGCGGGGGGGCAAGCUUACUCUGCGGCGGCCAUGUCGCUGGUAUUUCACACGGCCAGUCCGUUCGUGCCCACGUUCCGGGCGGAUGUCCGAUAUUUGGAGGUGGCCGGAGAAGGGUGGUUUGGAGGAGGUGCGGACCUGACGCCCUACUACCUGGACGAUGGAGACGUGGAGGGAUUUCACCGCUUCUACAAGGACAUCUGCGACCGCUUCGACGUGGAGGCCUACCCUCGGUUCAAGAAGUGGGCCGACGACUACUUCUACAUCCCCAUGAGAAAGGAGCACAGGGGAGUUGGGGGCAUCUUCUUCGAUGACCUCGAGCGCAUCGGCGACGCCGUAAAGGGGGAAGAUGCCGGAGAGGAGAAGGACGUGGAGGCUUUUGUUCGAGAAGUCGCGCUCGGUUUCAUGCCGAGCUUUCUCCCCAUUGCCGAGCGCCGAGGCCGCGAGCCCUUCAGCGACAAGCAGAGGCAGUGGCAGCUGAUGAGACGCGGACGCUACCUCGAGUUCAACCUGCUCUACGAUAGAGGUGUUAAGUUCGGGCUCUCCGGAGGGCGCGUCGAGUCCAUCAUGGUGUCCGCCCCGCCCUUGGUCUCAUGGACAUACAACCACGUCCCGGAGGAGGGGUCGGAGGAGGACAGGCUGGUCAAGAUCCUCAGAAAACCUCGAGAUUGGGUUUCGUGACCUCGCGAGGCGAAAAAUCACGUUUCUGAGCUGCAGCAGAUCUUCGAACACACUCUUUGUGCGAGGGAUCU